CGACCCACGUGCUCCUCUCUCAGUGCAUCUUUCAACAUGGCGGACGAAAUUCUGUAAUUCUAGUAUUUUCUUUUUUUUUCUUUCCAAAAUGGGGAAAACAAAGGGGAAAAAGCGCGGUAAACUGAGAGACAAGCCUACCGGUUUACCAAGCGUUAGAGAUGCCCUCGAAGAACAAGAUCAAAGCAAUGGGAACUUGGGAGGAAAAACACUUCCUUUGCUGCAGAAGCUGUCAAGCUCUACUCUAGAGGAGAAGCAGUGUGCCUGCGCUGGUCUUGCUAACCUUGUGUUUGAGCCUGGUGCAGUCCCGGUCCUCCUCAACCAGGAUGUGGUGAGAAGACUGGGUCCCUUGCUGAUUGACAGCAACAGAUCAGUCCAAGAAGCUGCUGCAGGUGCACUCAGGAAUCUGAGCGUCAGUGGGGGGACUGAUGUGUGUGUCAAGAUGGUGGAACAAGACCUUAUGACUCCUUUGACCUCAUUCAUCAAACAGUCCCUGGAGUCGUUGACGGCAGUCAUGGAGCGACCAGAGAACUCUAAAUUGCAGCAACAGACAGUUACUCUAGUUAUACAAGCCAUCAGCUUGCUAUGGAAUGUCUGUGAGAGUAGUGCGACAGCUGUAGAGAUCUUCAAUGCCCAAGGCCUGCUUCCGAACCUGGUGCUGUGUCUGAACACAGAUAUCUAUCCAGUCUCCCUCGCCAUACCAGCAGCCCAAUGUCUGCACACCGUGACAGAAGACAAUACCAUGGCAGCCCAAGCCCUUUGCGGCAACAGUGAACUGAUGAAGUGCAUUGAGAAGUCCCUGAUGGCCGAGGUGCCGUCAAGCAGCAUGAUGUUGGUAAAGGUGCUGAGUGCAGGCAUCCUGUAUAAUGUGCGCCACUCCAUUCCCGUCUGUGGAUUCAGUGAGCUGGUGCAGGCCGUUGUGAAGGUGUUGUCGCAGGUGCUGGAUGUCAACUGUUUUGACAUCUUGGCAAAGAUGCUCCCUGAGGUGAAAAAGGCGGAUGAUGUUCUGAUGUUGCUGAAUGCACAACAGUUAUCUCUAGAAAUACUUGCCAAUGUUUGUUACUCUGAUGACUCUAGUGAGGAUGAAUGGGAAGAUGUCUCUGAUGUGAAAAGCGAUACAUCUGACGAGGAAUUUGAUGAAGAUGCCAUGCAACAACAAGAUGCCGACAUGCAAAGUGCCCACACCCUAGCAGCAGAGAUGGUAAAUGCUUUGAUAAAUGUGGAAAUUCCAAAAAAGGUUUUAGAAAAAGCACUGUUUGGUGAUAUCAAGAUUUAUGAAUCGUUAUCCAGCCUAGAAUGUGGUAAAGAGAUUCUCACAAGUUUAAGCAUGGUUCAGACAAGAGCUCUCAUCUGUCUAAACAACAUCACUGCUGCCAUGGAAACAGAGCUCCUAGGAGGCAUGGAUGCUCUAGGUCAACUAUGGACUUCGUUAUUUGAUCUGACCUACUCAAGUGACUGUAGGAGGUAUGUUACUAGUGAGGAGGACUUUUUGGAAGCAGCAACAGGAGUCAUGCGCUCACUCAUGGACAAGUUUGCUUCAGCCAGGACACCUCAGUACGUCACAACAGACCAAGUCUCCAUUCUGUGCCAGUGCACAACUAAUGCAAGCUGUGAGGCAAUUAGAGUUAAGCUGAUCAGCACGCUUGGCUACAUCGGGAAGCUAGCAGCAACAAGGGACGACACAGGGGAUGUGCUCAAGUCCCUAGGUGUAGUGUUGCGUGACAUCGCCGUCAGCCCCUCUAGCCUAUGGGUGGUGGCUGAAGCACUUGAUGCCAUCUUUGACACGUUUGCCGACGGCCCCCUUGUCACGUCCAUAGCGAGCUCCAUCCAUCUCCUAGUCACCCUACAGCAGCUAGUGCCAGUCCUCAAGUCCAGGGUGAAGAGCGAACGUCGGCUACUUGGAGAGCACACCCAUGUAGUGGACGCCGCGAAAACCAAUCUGACGAGAUUCAUCAAGUACUACAAGAACAAGGGGUUCUGAUGAGCUAUGGAACACACAAAGAGCACUCGUUCUGCUUUAGGCUUACCUUGUCACUGAAACAAGAACAUUGGAUUCGUACAGCAUUGGGUGACAUUGCUUACCCAGGCUUAGGCAUUCUUCACGAGGUGACGAGGGAAUUUUGGUAGAAUGCCCAAAUCCACGAUGUUGUAAACCUUAAAACGUUAUUUUUACUGUACUCUGAUACUCUUCAGAUAUCAGGAUACCUUAAGACAAGCAUAAAGUUAAAGGCGCGCGCGAGUUUACCACCCAAAAAUUCACGUGAUUUCUUAGAGCAAAUCGCCUAUUGGAGCAGGUAAACCAGUGAGGUUCCGAGGCUUGGUGGCGUAGCCUAGUGGCAGAACACCUAAACUUGGACACAGAAACAUGUUCGAGAAUCGAGGGCAUCCCAAGAACGACAAAGAAACAUGUCAGAGAAUCGAGGGCAUCCCAAGAACGACAAAGAAACAUGUCAGAGAAUCGAGGGCAUCCCAAGAACGACAAAGAAAAGCAAAUACAUUCUAAAAUAAAGGAAAAGCGGGUACACUCUAGGGAAAGUGGUUGUCUAGUAGGUGGGAGGUGGUGGGCUGAUGGGUUCGGCCUUUGCCAAUAUAUGGAGCAUUGCACAUCAAGCAAGCCUGUGUAUUUUAUGCUUUCUGGGCGAUUUUAACUAUUUGGACGGGCUUUCCCAGAUCAUGCUCGCUUAUCCCCUAAAACUCUUCAAAUGGGCUACAAUAUUGUAAGUAUUAUAAUAACUGCCAAUAAAAAAAACUCUCAGUUUUAUUGAGAAAUUUACCAGAA